ACGGGUAGUGCACAAUCCUGUGGGCAAUCCGUUGAAAUUCCAGAACCCCAAGUACAGAGUAGAAUAAAAUUGUUGCAAGACUAGUCGUAUUUAACUCACUGCCACCAGUGGAGGCUGUGGAGCGAGCUUUGACUUUAAUCAAGAGUGUUCUGAGUCUUCUGACGAGCAGGGUCAAGAUUUAGGUUGAAACGCAUUCUCGAUGGAGUCUAGAGUUAUUCUUUUGCUUCUGUUAUGUUUGUUGUCGAUUCCGUCGGAUCUGUCUGUUUCCGCUGGCCAAUUUUCCCGCUGGGGUGGUGGGAAGAAAUUAAAAGGGUCGGCGGUAAAGCUGGCCACGGGUGCUUCAUCGGCUCCGUUUGAUCCGACCCGGGUUACCCAACUCUCUUGGAAGCCCAGGGCUUUUAUAUAUAGGGGAUUCUUAACAAAUGAAGAGUGUGAUCAUAUGAUCAAUCUGGCUAAGAAUAAGAUGGAGAAAUCCAUGGUGGCUGACAAUGACUCUGGCAAGAGCAUAGAGAGCGAAGUUCGAACAAGUUCUGGCAUGUUCCUUAAGAAGCAUCAGGAUGACAUUGUUGGUGGUGUCGAGGCUAAGAUUGCUUCCUGGACAUUCCUUCCUGUAGAGAAUGGGGAAGCUAUGCAAGUACUACAUUAUGAGCAUGGACAAAAGUAUGAGCCACAUUUUGAUUAUUUUCAUGACAAGGAAAAUCAGAAAUUGGGUGGUCAUAGAGUAGCAACCGUGCUUAUGUAUUUAUCUGAUGUUGCGAAAGGUGGCGAAACAGUUUUCCCUAGUUCAGAGAAAAAGGAAACUCAACCAAAGGGUGAUGAUGAUUGGUCUGAUUGUGCUAAAAAUGGCUAUGCUGUAAAACCCAGGAAGGGUGAUGCACUGCUGUUUUUCAGUUUACAUCCUGAUGCUACGACUGACCCUUUGAGCUUGCACGGGAGCUGUCCUGUCAUUGAAGGUGAGAAGUGGUCUGCUACAAAAUGGAUUCAUGUAAGGUCUUUUGAUGCGCUGUCUACUAGUGAAGAUUGUGUUGAUAAGGAUCCAAAUUGCCCUCACUGGGCUGCUUCAGGUGAAUGUGAGAAGAAUCCUCUAUAUAUGGUGGGCUCUGAGGAGGCUGUUGGUUAUUGUAGAGAGAGCUGUAAGAUUUGCUCAUCUUAGAAUCUGAAGCCCAAAAUCAUUAGAGGUAUUUAUAGAUCAACCCCAUCCUUGGGUUGUAUAUAACAUUCGGAUAUCUCCAUGGAUCGGAUCGACCAUUUGAAAAAGUAGUGUCGUUUUUGUCUUGAAGUGUGGGUACUGGAGUUACUGAACAAGAAGAGGCAAUCAAACUUUUUCCCUUAACUGUUUCAGACUUAACCCAUUUGUCAUAUACAGAAGCAUCUUCUUCUAUAGUGAAUUGAAAUAGGUUUUUGUUGUUGCCUCCUU